AUCAGGUGCUGAACUCAAAUGACAGGGCUAGAGCCCAGGAUCAGGGAAGGGGAGCCACAUCAGGCAAUAGUAAAGAGAAACGGUUCCUCUGCAUGUUCUGUAACAAAGGCUUCAGCUGCCUCCAGAAGGUGGAGAUCCACCAGAGGAUUCACACAGGGGUGAAACCCUACAGCUGUACCCAGUGUGAUAUGUGCUUUGCUGAAGCUGGCAGCCUGAAGAGGCACCAGAGGGUCCACACAGGGGAGAAACCCUUCAGCUGUACCCAGUGUCAUAUGCGCUUCUCCCACUCAUCCAGCCUGAAGAGGCACCAUAGGGUCCACAACCCUACAGCUGCCCCCCAGUGUGAGAAGAGGUUCUCCCACCAGAACCAGGUGAGAAUGCACCUGAAGGUCCACACGGGAGAAAGGCCAUUCACCUGUACCCACUGCGGGAAGAGGUUUUCAGAGAGGAGCUACCUCAGGAUACACCAGCAGAAAAAACAUUCCACUUCAUAACAUAGAAAGGAACCAUUCCACUCGAUAGCUUCUGACGUUUAGCUCAAAACCUGCAUUAAAGACAAAGAUACAUUUUUAUUGUUGUCAGCAGAAAAGACCCACAGAUGCAUUUGGAAUAAAGAGAUUAACAGAUUUCAGUGUUGAAUAUUCCUGGGUAGAUGUGUGAUGUAUAAGCCUAAAAUGUCUGUUACAUAGUGUUUGUACUGUGUAGGCUAUAUGAUGUUCACAAAUGCCUAUUUCAUUACUUCCAUUCAACUACUUUAUUUUUUUAACAAGACACUUUUAAUGAAAAAAAUGAAUGCGGUUUAUCAAGUUCGCUGAUUUUUUGUUGUUGAGACGUGUAUGUGUAGUUUUUAUAUGGUGUAUUUAAAACUUGUUUAUUUAAUAAACACAAAAUGGGACUUUUCAUUCUUAGA